AUGGCAACACGCACCGACCGCCCUCUCGUCCUCAUCGGCUCCGGGCCCGGCAUCGGCCGACACGUGGCCAUCGAGUUCGCCCGCCAGCGGUUCAACAAGAUUGCGCUGGUCGCGCGGAACACGACGCAGCUCGCCGAGGACAAGGCCGCCGUCGAGGCCGCCGUCGACGGAAAGGUCACCGUCCAGACGUUCGCGGUCGACAUCACCGAGACGGCCAAGUUCCGCUCAGUUCUCGACGACAUAAGUCGUGUGCUCGGGACACCCGAGUGUGUGUACUUCAACGCUGCGAGGAUCGUGCCCACGCCGUUCUUCGAGGCCAAGGAAGAGGAUAUCCUGCACGACUUCAAGAUUAAUUGCACAGCUCUCUAUGCUGCCGCUGAGUGGGCGAUCCCCCAGCUCGUCGACCUCAAGCGCACCGACGCCCAAGCACGGCCAUCGUUCCUCGUCACGAGCUCGCUGCUGCCCAAGUAUCCGAUUGCGGACCUCUUCGUCCUCUCCAUGGUCAAGGCCGCGCAGCGAAACAUGGUGCAAUCUCUGUCCGACGUCUACAAGCCUCAGGGUGUUCACGUUGGCGUCAUCACGGUCGGCGGUCCCGUUAGCCCAUCGGCUGACACUCUGAGCCCGACCAACAUUGCGGCCCAGGCAUGGGAGCUGUUUACCCGAGAUGACUUUGAGAUUGAGAUUCUGUAA